AUGGCUCUCAUAUCCCUCUUUACACUCUCAGUGCCUCCAUUGGCCCUUUCAAUUUUGAUAUACAAUGCUAUCCUCAUCAUCUAUCGCCUCUACUUCUCGCCUCUAGCCAAGUUCCCCGGCUCCAAGCUCGCCGCCGCAACGGGCUGGUAUGAGUUCUAUUUCGACUACUGGAAGAACGGGAAGUACAUUUUUGAGAUCGAGCGGAUGCAUCAAGUCUACGGCCCAAUCAUCCGCGUCAACCCAGACGAACUCUCCAUCCACGACCCAGACUUCUACACCGAGAUCUACGUGACGGAAAGCAGGCGCCGGACAAACCACUACGAUGUAUUCUGCAAGGGAAUUGAUUUUGACGGCUCCCACCUCCUAACCGUAGACCACACCCUCCACCGCAAACGCCGCAAACCGCUCGAGCCCUUCUUCUCGCGCGUGAGCAUCCAGGCACUGCAGCCCAUGCUUGCAGAGGUAACAAGCAAGUUCGAGCAGCGACUGCGCGCUCUUGCGGGCACGGGGACAGUUGUACGGCUCGACCACGCUUCUGCUGCGUUCUCGGGAGAUAUUAUUGCGAAGAUAUGUCUGGAUGAUCAGGACGAGGGAGGGAGGUUCUUGGAUCAUCCCGAGUUUGCGCCUUAUUGGUAUAAUUUGAUUCAUAUGCUUGUGAGAUCGAUCCCGCUCUUUACGGGACUGCCGAGUCUUGUGAGAAUCGUGAGCUACGUCCCGGAACGGUAUCUGCUCUGGUUCUUUCCCCAGGGCCAAGUCUUUAAUGAAUUCAAGAGAGUCGCCCGAGAAAACAUCGAUCGAAUCUUCAGCAACAGCUACACAGGCAAAACCAGCACCAACACCAACACCAACACCACAACCUCCCUCUUCCACCAUGUAGCCCAAAGCGACAUGCCCGAGUCAGAGCGGUCCCCCGAGCGUCUCGCAAAGGAAGCUCAAGUCCUCCUCGGCGGCGGAACAGCAAGCACAGCGCGCACAAUCGGGUUCGCCUCGUUCUACAUCCUCGAUCGCCCGGAGGUUCGCGCGAGACUUCGCGAUGAACUCAGGGAAGUUAUGGCGGAUUGGCCGAGACGAGUACCGAGCUGGGUGGAGCUUGAGAAGGUGCCUUAUCUGCAGGCUGUUAUUAAAGAGUCGUUGCGGCUGAGUUAUGGUGUUAUGCAUCGAUUGCCGAGGAUUUCGCCGGACUUGGGGAUUCAGUAUGGAAGGUUUACCAUUCCACCGGGUACUCCAGUCGGCAUGUCUGCAUACCUCAUGCAUUCUGAUCCAAAAGUCUACCCAGAUCCUGAUCAAUUCGUCCCUGAGCGCUGGCUCGGCGCCAUUAAUCCAGCUAUGAACCGAAAUUAUGUCCCCUUUUGUCGGGGAUCACGAAGUUGUCUAGGGAUGAAUCUAGCAAUGGCAGAGUUAAGUCUCUGCCUAGCUGUUCUGCAUCGACCCGGAGGCCCCGAAUUGGAGCUGUUUGAAACGGACGAGAGCGAUGUGAAGCAUGUGCAUGAUUUCCUUAUUCCACUGCCAAAGGUUGAUACGAAAGGUGUUAGGGUUUUGAUUCGCUAA